AUGGACCCGUUCGUCCAUUACGCGACACGUGAGCUGCCCCUAGCAGCCAAGAGACCUGCUCUGGGGCACGACAUAUACUGCAGCGGGCAGGACUGGUCCUGGACCGGUUAUCGAGGAUUCAGUCCGCAUGGCCCUGCAGCCCUCCGCAUCCGUGGGGCCCGGCACCAGACCUCUCCUUCUCUCCGAGCGGGACAGGAUGUCUUGCCGAGGCUGGAUAGAUAUUAUGCCAAUGCGGCACAGGUCGUCACAUUGGCUAUCAACAUGACUUUCAUCACGGGGGCCCUGGAUAGGGCGCUCUCCUCUGGCCAGGCGCUCAGUGGAGACCUCCCGUCACAGGCGAGGACCACCUCGGCGGCGUUCCUGCGCAUGUGCCAGACGCUAGCCGUGGAUGGUGGCCAGGACACCGAGGAUUCAGUCCGCAUGGCCCUGCAGCCCUCCGCAUUCGUGUGGCCCGACACCAGACCUCUCCUUCCCUCCGAGCGAGACAGGAUGUCUUGGCGAUGCCGGAUAGAUGUUAUGCCAUUGCAGCACAGGCCCUCGCAUUGA